AUGGAGAAACCGAGACUGUUGAGAGGUCACAAGGGAACAGUCACUUGCUGCAUUGCGUCUCGUGCCCGGCCAGGGAUUCUCGUUUCAUCCGGAGAGGUCCUCUCUCUCUCUCUCUCUCUCUCUCUCUCUCUCUCUCUCUCUCUCUCUCUCUCUCUCGCUCUCGCUCUCGCUCUCCAUCUCGCCUUGGAACUAUUCAGAAUUAUGGAUGAAUGCAGCUAUAGAAUUGAAAAAUCGACUUAUUUCGUUGCAGUUCUCAUUGUGGCUUGCCAUCUAUUUUUAGCAGGAUGGCCGUAUAUGUUGGUUUGAUUUACGAUGUAAAGAUGCUCCAUUCACCGUGGAUGUGGGGACUGAACCAAUCACAUCAUUAUGCUUCAAAGCAGGUCAGUUGAACACAUAGUUGAGCUAUUUUUGAGUUCAGGGCCGGUGAUUCGAGUUGAUAUCGAGUAUAUUAAAUUUAUUCAUGUUCUUUCUAGAGACAAUGUAGAAUAGCAGAGUUACCGUUUUGGUUUCAAGGUAAUGCAUUUUUUGAGCUUCUGUGCCAUGCUUCCAACAGGCUGCAUUUUGAGGCUGUGUGAGAAGGACUUCUGCUUAUUCAAGCACCUUCAACAGAAAGUUGACGUUUUCGAAUAAAGAUUCAAUUUAUGAUUUAAACUAUUUUUUAAAUUCAUAUUAUUCUCCUCAAAAAGGAAAAAGCUAAGAAGGAUGAAGUCAAGUUUUGAAAUUGAGACGAUAUUGUUUAGUAUCAUGGUAAAGAAUAGAAACACUAAAAAGAUUUUAAAUUUUUUACUGAGUGAUUGUAGAAUGUGGGUAAAUCAUUGUGAAAAUGAUGACUUGUGGCUGUUUAACUGAGCAUAUGUUAAAAAGUAUCCAGAAUAGUUGAAUAAAUGAAACUUCGUCCUACCUAAAACAUGGAGAAUCCCUAGCCAUUAGCUUGUUUUUUGAGCUUCUUAGUAAUCACGUUUUCCUUCAGACUUGGUGUUAGUUGAACCGCUUUUGUGAGUUUUUUUUUCUUAAGCUGUAAAUGAUAACUAAUUAAAUAUCUAUUUUCUUGAAGUCUGUUUUGAUUUUACUUGUAUUGCUGUUUCAGUUGAUUUCCAUCCAGGAAGUCCUUGCAUAAGAGUUUUUCUUGACAACAACUAAGUUAUUCCAGACUUAAGAAAUGCAGGAUUUAAAGUAUGGUGUUCGUUAUGCUAUUGUCUAAGGUGGUGUGGUUACAUAACUGUUGAAACGUGAUUUGUUGUGGCAGGAAAUGAAGAUGUUUUGUAUGGUUCAUUGGGAACAGAAAUCAUUGGUUUUGACAUUCAUAUGGUAAGUCUAAACAUCACAGCUCUUGUCACCAAAGAAAGUGGUACGUGUUUCUCACAAUAUUCAUGCUAAAAUCUAAACGUUUAUGCAUGACUCUUUGAAGCUUUUUCUGUGAUGGAUUCCUACCUCUAAGAGUUGGAAACAAAGUAACUGUGUAUGCGAGAUUUCUAUUCAUUGAUCCCAUGGUGAGGUCCAUAAUCAUGCUGUCUCAUGGAUUUCUAAGAGACUCCAUGAGAAGUGUUCCCUGUUACCCUUGGUGCUGCAACUAUCAGCCUUGAAGCUGAAGUUUUAAAACUGCUUCCAGCCUCUAUACAAGGGUUCCUUUUCUGCAAUUCAGAUAAUUGACAUGGAUUUUUCUCCAUCUGAGUUUUGAUUUAGUCAUCUUCAUGGAAAUUCAUUGCUAACUCCCAUACAUUAUACUUUCCUAUGAGGUACAAUGGUCAUUUAUUCUCGGAAUUUCUUGUAACACCUUUGGACAGAUAACCGAGUAUAUGGUGUAAAGCAACUGCAUAAAUUGUGCAUACAAUAAACUUUACAGACAUGUACAUCCUGAAAUUAGCAUUUCAAAUACUAUCGUCUAACAUAUUCCAAUUUUUAUCUAAUAUUAUCAAAUUUUAAAAUUAAACCUCAUAAAGAAAUUUGACUAUAAUCGUGGUUAAAAAUAUUUCUUCUUAUACUCAGUUUUUUACCUUGCUCUAUUUCCACUGUGUCGAAAAUUAUUUUUUAGUGAGACAUACGGCCAGGUCUGAUUGAUGGUAAGGCCAUAUGAUGAUGGUGACUAUGGCAAUGAUUUGUAUUGUGGAUAUUCGUGUGUCUCUUCAUCCAUCUGUUUUCUUUGAGAUAAUGCCCAAGUUAGAUAUCUGACGAAAUCUGACCAUUGUGUCACGAAAGCAUGUGCAAAUAUGGAUGUGAAUGUAAUUCUUUUGUAUGCAUUUGCCUGAUGAGGUGAACAACAUUGUAUGUAUUUUAAAACAGAAGUCCUGGAAAGUAAGUUUUAAGUAUGUUUUCAAGUGGAUCUCUGAAUUCUAAACUAUGAUUACCAUCAGUGUAUCUCCAGAUGUCUCACUCUUUAACUUUUUUAGGCAUCAUCCAUGAAACGCCUGGAAAGUUACAACCAUAACAAAGAGGAGAUAAAUCAGGUACUAUUAUAAUUUGUUUCCUUUUUGUAGUUUGAACAUCUAUUGACUUGCUAAAGGAAAGUUUCCUCACAGGACGCCUCCAAUUUCGCAAAAAUCCUAAAUCGAUCCUUAACUUUACUGUCACGUUUAUGUCAUGUUUCUUGUGUCAUGUUGUAUUCUUUCACUCGCUGGGCAUAGAAAUUAAGAACGUAAUCUACUUUACGAAAUAGGUAGCAUAAAAAUAGUGUUAUAUUUUUGUAGUGUAUUUCAGUAUUUAUUUCAAAGAUUCCGCUAAGUCAUCUGAUUUUUACUUCAGUUAAUUCUUAGUAUAGCAUUAUUUUUCGCAGUCGUGGAGGUCCUUGACCUCUAUGCCCUGUUAGUAAACAGGGCAAGUUCGAUUCGUUAGUAUACAAACUUAAUUUGAUAAGGGAUGACAUGUUCAUUUUUCUCUUUCAUAAUAAUUUCUCUUUUUGCAGAUUGCCUUCAGUCCAAAGUCAUCUUUUCUGGCUGCUGCUGAUGACAGUGGGGAGACUAAGGUUAAAAUAUGCUGUGUACUGAUAAUUGCAUGUGCAUUUAUCUGUGUUUAAAAAGCUUCACUUUUUAAACUGCUUGAUUCUUCAAUCGUAUUAUAAAGUGGAAAUCCCUUUCUAAUGCAGAUCAUCGAUGCUCACCAGAAAUCGCUCUACAAAACUUUAAGAUCUGUCCAUAAUAAUGUAUCCUUCUUCAGUAUAAUUGUUAUUCCGCACAUGGAACUGAGAAUUCAAAUUAUCAGGUUUUGUAAUUUAUUUCUUCAUUAAUCAGAAACCUUCAUAUAUUUGCUUGGAUCAAUUUUGGUAAUUACUUUUCCUUUUGAUUGAAUUUAAGUCCAUGUGUUCCUGAGUUAUUAUAUUUAUAGAUAUGUAGCAGCGUUCAAUUCCUUUCCUGGAGGCCCUGGCUAGGUAAUAUUUAAAACUGAUUAUCAAGUAUGGUUCAUUUUUUUUAUAUGUCGAUUUGUAUGCAAAAAUUGUUUUCUUCUGUAGCACUUCACAAUGCCCGAUGUAUUUCUGAUGAACAAAAUUAUGGCAUAGGAUGGGACCGAAGGAUUAUUGCCAAGGGUUGAGAUGACCAUACUAUUACCAUAGAUAUUCCCGUGUCACUUUCUUUCCUAAAAAAAGAGAAAACAACCACAUUUAACAUGUUUCAUCAAUUCAACAUUCAUGCAUGCAUCUAUUAGGUUGAAUUCUAACAUCAGUCUUGAUCUCAUUUUGGUGCAUUAAGAGAAAACCAAUUCGUUUAGAUCUGUAGGGCAGCUAGUUUAUGAAAAAUAUUAAAACAUGCCACAAUAUGACCUUGCUUACUUCACUCAUCAUUUUCUUUAAAAAUUUCGCAGCUGUCACUGGCGGUCUCGACUCAAAGCUUGUGCUGUGGGAUUUCUCUAAAGGAAGACCUCAGAAUAUCAUAGAUUUUGGUAUUUAUAAUCUACUUUGACUACUUUGCUUUAAUCACUAAUCAGUGCGUUUUUUACUUACUAAAUCCUCUACUUUAUCUUUCACAUGACAUUCCCGACAACUGACUUUCAUGUAACUUUCAAUUUUUCCUUUCUCUUGAGAAAGCUUAAAGGCCAACCCCAGGAUCACAUAAACUGACAGUUUCAUGAAAAAUCGCCUGUUGAGCUAGCAUCCAUUUUUUCACUUAGAAUUAAAAACAGAAAACAUAGUGAUCUUAGACCUUCCCCCAUGGAAAUAUGAGGAACAUCUUACUGUUGUUGUACAUGAGAAAGCUGAGAUCUUUUAAGUUUCUUGGUGCUUAAAGUUGUUAUUCAUGAUUAACCCAGUCCAUCACUAUUAUGAAUGUAAGUUUAACAUAGGUAGUGCUCUUAGGAAACUAUGUAUGAUCAGUCCUCCUCCCAUCUUUUACAAAGUUUUUAACUUCCAACUCUGCUGUUUGCAUUUCAGCAACCCCGAAUCCAGGCAGCCACAAGACGUUCUCUGAUCCCGGCCAGUGUUUCAAUCCACCAUUUGUGCACUCGAUUGCAAUAUCAGAAGCAGAGAUAGGCACUGGGUUGGAGAAGAUUGGUGCGAUAGCACGGGGUGACGGGGUUGUUGAGGUAAUUGACAUCGAAUCAGAUUUCGUGCCUAGUAAAUCAAAAAGCACCUCCAUGCCUCGAGGAGGAUCCCAGACAAGACUAAAAGAGAAAGCUUCCUCCUCCAGCCAAGACCAACCAAAGAGCUUGCAACUUGACUACCGCUUGGGAGGUCAUACUGCUGCUGUAGCCAGCGUGUAAGCCCUUUGGAUCGUCAUCUCUGUGCUCUGAACCCGUUUCAUUUAAUCUCCUAAUAAAUUGAUAUAAUGUAUCACACAGCUGCUUCUCAUUGUUCGGGGAGAGAGGAAAGUUCAUCAUUUCUGGAGGAGACGAUGCGCUCAUAAAGGUCUGGGACUGGUCAAAACACCUUCGCAUUGAAGAAAAGGCCUCCAAAGAGCAUCUGGUUUGGACAAUUAAUUUGAAAGAAAAGGUGGUUGGUAACAUCUGAUUGGUUUGUCUGUUCAAGUCUCUAGGAGCCCUUAUUUCUUAGGAACCCUCACGGAGACGGGCACUCACUUAUUGCUGCAGGUUAAUUGGCUGUGUACAACGACGAUGGACUCGCAGAACUUGGUCGUGUGUGACACAUCGAAGGUUAUGAAGGUCUAUACAGUCUUGUAG